CCUUGGGGCGGGGCUUCAAGCGGAGAGGGAGGGAAAAGAAAAGAAUCCGACUGGGAGUGGAGCUAGCUUCUACGGUGGCCGGAGAGGGACGCGCCGGGCCGGAGGCUGCAGGAUGAUGCGAUUCAUGCUACUGUUCAGCCGUCAGGGAAAACUUCGGCUACAAAAAUGGUACCUGGCCACCUCAGACAAGGAGAGGAAGAAAAUGGUCCGGGAGCUCAUGCAGGUCGUGCUGGCCCGAAAGCCCAAGAUGUGCAGCUUCCUGGAGUGGAGGGACCUCAAAGUUGUCUAUAAGAGAUACGCCAGUCUGUAUUUCUGCUGCGCCAUCGAAGGCCAAGACAACGAACUGAUCACACUGGAACUUAUCCACCGAUACGUAGAGCUCCUGGACAAGUACUUCGGCAGCGUAUGUGAGUUGGACAUCAUCUUCAACUUUGAGAAAGCCUACUUUAUCCUGGAUGAGUUUCUGAUGGGUGGGGAUGUCCAGGACACCUCCAAGAAGAGCGUGCUCAAGGCCAUUGAGCAGGCUGACCUGCUGCAGGAGGAGGAUGAGUCGCCGCGCAGUGUCCUGGAGGAGAUGGGCCUGGCAUAGCCCCGCCCGCCGGCCAGCAGGGGGGACCUGUGGACCCAGGGGAAGCCAAGACGAGAGACAGCACUUGGGGGCUGUUUCUCCCACCUCUCCCCCAGACCUACUCUAGAAGGAGCUGUGGCUCCGGCCCUUCGUACAAACAUUCCCUCCCUCCAAAUCUUCCUUCCCCCCACCUUCUACCUUUCCCAGUGAAGGCUUUCGGAGCUAGAAGGGAGGAAAAUGUGACCUGGAUGGGCGAGCUCAGUGGCUUUCGGUUUCCUUCCUUUGAAGAAGCAAUGUUAACCCCAGCCAUCCUUCGAUCCCCCACCCCCACCCCGUGCCCUGUACGGCUGUAAAUAUAUAAAUAUGUCAGGUUAAAGGGAAAAGGUUUCCAGGGCUCUUUUCUCCCCUUUGCCCCCAAACCUACCUCCAUCUCCCCAUAACCAGCCAGGGCAGCUUCUCUGCCCGGGAGGGGCGCUCUCCUCCCCCUCUUCCUCCUGGGCUCCAGGGUCCAGCCAGAGCCAGGGAAGGAGCCGCAGAGUUAAUGUUUUUCUAACCUUGCUACUUGGAGGGAAGGGGAGGUCGGGGAAAGGGCCCCGCUUUCUGGGACACUGACCCCGCCCCCUUCCUCCUUUCCACGACGCGGGUGGGGCGGGAGCCAAGCGGGUGGCGUGGGCCAAGCGGCUGCCUUUAUUUCCUUUCUUCUGAAAUAAAAGGAAAAAGUGUUUCUGGA